AUGUUAUCGCAAUUGAUGGAUCUUAUUAUGAUCGUGGAUAAUUCCAACGAUUUCACUGAUAACUUCUAUGUGCUACUCGCUAUGAUCGUUUCUUGCUGUAAGAUGCUCGCUCUGUUGAUGAAUCGCAGCAACAUUGAGAUGUUAAUCAAAACUCUUAUGAGAAAACCGUUUCGACCGGUUGAACCCGACGAGAUGAAGAUUCGACAGAAAUUCGAAAAACUCAUACACUCAAAUACGCUUCACUAUACUAUCCUGGUCGAGACAACGUGUCUGUCUGUUGUCGUGACAUCAUUAUUGACGGAAUUCAGGAAAGGAAAUUUGACGUUCCGAGCAUGGUUGCCAUUCGACUAUUCCUCGCCGCAACUUUUUCCAUUUGUAUACGCUCAUCAAUUGAUCAGUUUUACAAUGGGAUCUGUACAUCAUGUGGCUUGCGAUAGUCUCAUAUGCGGAUUCCUGGUGCACAUUUGUUGUCAAAUAGAGAUAUUGGAACAUCGUCUGAGGAAAAGUGCACGUGAUCCUAACAUUCUUCGCGAAUGUGUUCUUCAGCAUAACCACAUAUUCAAGUUUGCUCGUAUAGUAAAUGAAAAAUUCAGGAUAACUAUAUUUAUCCAGUUUAUUGUAAGUACAUUGGUAAUGUGUUUUAAUCUGUACCAAUUUACCAAGUCAACAGCGUUAAGAACAAAGUAUAUGCAGUUAAUAAUGUAUACGUGCUCUAUGCUGUCACAAAUCUUUUUCUAUUGUUGGUACGGAAACGAAGUUAAAUUGAGAAGUCGACAGUUGAUAAAUAAUAUAUUUGAGAUGGAAUGGUUCAAAUUCAAUGAAACUGCUCAGAAAACUUUACUAAUGAUCAUGAGACGUUCUGUAGUACCAAUUGAAUUUACUAGUGCCAUUGUUAUUUCUAUGAAUCUGGAUUCGUUUGUGGGUUUGCUCAAGACAUCGUAUUCGGCUUACAAUAUACUUAAACAAACACAAGAUUCGACUUUUAAAUUUCUAACUAUUUGUGGUUGCUGGCGACCCGAUUCUUGGACAUCGUCAUGUAAACGUGUAAUCUACCAUAUGCAUACAUUUUUCGUGCUUGUGCUAAUAAACACAUUUACUUUAUCACAAUUACUGGAUAUUAUUCUUACUGUGGAUAAUGCGGACGAUUUCACUGAUAAUUUCUACAUGUUACUUGCAAUGAUUGUUUCUUGUUGUAAAAUGCUUAGUAUGUUGAUAAAUCGCAAAAAUAUUGCUUUGUUAACAAACAUUCUAAUGGAAAGACCGUGUAGACCAUUGGAACCGGAAGAAAUGGAAAUUCACGACAAAUUUGAUAAAGGCGUACAAGCAAACACAAUACAUUAUGCAAUUCUGGUUGAAAUGACUUGUGUAUGCAUUACGUUAACGUCGUUACUCACGGACUUUAGAAGACGGACAUUGACAUUCAGAGCCUGGUUACCGUAUGAUUAUUCAUCGCCAAUCUUAUUUCACAUCACAUAUGCUCAUCAAUUGAUAAGUUUAAUAAUCGGAUCUGUCCUGCAUGUUGCUUGCGAUGGUCUGAUUUGUGGACUAUUGGUACACAUUUGCUGCCAGAUCAAAAUAUUGGAAUCUCGUUUGAGAAGAAUAGCACAUGAGCCUGGCAUUCUUCCUGAGUGCAUUCUACAACACAGUCGUAUUUUCGACUUUGCUAUCACGGUCAAUGAAAAAUUCAGGUUUACUAUUGCUAUUCAGUUUAUGGUUAGCACAUUGGUAGUGUGUUUCAAUCUAUAUCAAUUAACUAGGUCGACUACAACGAAUGCAAAGUAUGUUCAGCUGGUAUUAUACAUGUGCAGUAUGCUGACGCAAAUCUUUUUUUAUUGCUGGUACGGAAAUGAGGUAAAAUUAAAGAGCCGACAACUCGUCAGUAAUAUUUUUGACAUGGAAUGGUGUAUAUUAGAUCAAAAUGCAAAAAAAACUUUAUUAUUAAUUAUGAGACGUAGUACAAUGCCUAUUGAAUUCACCAGCGCCUAUAUUAUUUCGAUGAAUCUUGAUUCUUUCGUGGGUUUGCUUAAAACAUCGUAUUCAGCUUAUAAUAUUUUGCAACAAAUAUAA